AGAACUGCAUCAGCGUCGAGCAAAAGCGCCAUUUCGGAAGCUCGUCUGCGCAGGGCUGUAGGUCCUGGGGCUGCCCGGGUGAAACGUGCCCGCAGCGUCAGGGACUGGGGGGCGGGGGCCGAGCCUCAUCACAAAAGGCACCGGCGCCCUGCGAGCCCUUGGACUUAGUCUUGUUCGGGGCAGCUGAAGGGGGAACCUGAUUGGCUCCAUAUUUGAGGUCUAUUUGGUGCCUCGCCGACGGCUCCAGAAAACACUGCACCCGUAUAUUCGCUGCUGAAGUAGAUCAGCUGGGCGGGGGGUACAGGACUGAGGGAGGUGGGCAGAAGACAGGUUUUUUUCCCAUUAACUUUUUCUCCCCCGAACUCACCGCUCUGUGUGUGUGUGUGUGUGUGUGUGUGUGUGUGCGCGUGCACACGCAUGUGUUUGUAAAGCUAGUGUAAAAGGAUUAUCUGAUUUAGCAUAAAAUUUUUAAAAACAGUUCAUUGGGUUUUUUCCCCUCUUUCCCUCUUUGGAAUAGUACCUGAGAAGAAUAGCCAGCUUUUCUUCUGGGUUAUUCAGUAGCUUUACUGUAAUAAGAGAGGAAAUCAAAUCUUAAUUCUGAGCUGUGCCUUCAUGCAUUUACCCUUCACGAUAAGUGCCCCAGUGCCUCUUUACAUAGCUUGUCACACACGCAGAGUAAGGAAUAGAGCAAUAACAAGGGUAUCCCAUUUACUGCUUUAAUGGGUUAGACUAUAUCCACCUAUUUUUUUUAAAGACACUUCCUCAGUAAAGGAACAAACUCAAUACCAAGCUCACAGUGUUUUUUACAUUAGAGUAUUAGCAGUUUACUCAACGGUCUUUGCCUUAUUUCCUGAUUUUUUUGUAUUAAGGAAGCCAAGUGAGGGAGACAUCUAUAAAAUCUGAUGUUCAUCUUCAUAGACUUUACUUAUAGCAAGUUUGAGAACCAUUUUUCUAGUGUCUGUGUGGAGGGUGAAAAGUAGGAGUAGGAAACUCACACGAUGAGCUGUUGUCACUAGCAGAACAUUGGAGGUGACCUAGAUGUUCAUCCUGCUUAAGUCACGUUCGUCCCACAGAGCAGCCCCACGCGGUGGUUGGAAGGGCACAGCAGCCUAGCAGGCCUCGAAAUAGAACAGUUCUCUUAGAUAUAUUUCUAAGUGAAAAAGAAAAGUUGAUCAGCAGUGAGUUGCAGUAAACGGUCAUUUAUGUUUCAAGACAAAAAGGGCAUAUACAAGAUCUCUCUCCACAUAUAAAGAUAGAAAAGCGUGUUCAUCGAAUGUGUCUGGAAGGGGUCCCCCUGGGACAGGGAUGGGGGGAGUGCAUUCUCAUUCUUUUCUGGACACUGUGAAUGUGUCCCCUGUGCAUAUAUGAAUCAGAAAGAUAAAUUCAUUCUCAAGAGGUUAUUUGAGUGGCUGCUCUUAGGAAUGUUCAGGUAAGGUCUCGGGAGAGAGGAGGGAUGGGUUUCAGCCGUGCUGGAAGGUGGUCCUGGAGGAGCUCGGGGACUAAUGGGACACAGGGCAUGGCGGGGGGACAAAGGGCGACUCUCCAGUUUCUAACAGGACGACGAGUGGGGCAUGCGGGCAUGCCCCAUACGGGGGGAGGAGGCGCCCGGGGAGACGGGUGUUGAGCCAGUGUCUCAGUCACAAGUGCCCGCAAGUGCCCCAGCCAUGAGCAGUCAGCUGUAGUUCAGAAAGAGGACACGGGCGGGGCAGAAGCUGCAAUCUGGCGGUCGUGGCGAGGGGGAGAGGAAGGUCCAGGCAGCUGGGGCCGGGACCCGCCUCCCAGCCUGGUCAGCCGUCACCUCCAUCCAGCUGCUGACUGCCUUCCCCAGCAGCACACUCAGAUCACGGGCAGGAAGGUAAUGUCUUCAUUCUCUGUGCCCUGGAAAGUAGUAAAACCAUCAGUGUGAGGAGAACGUCUAGCUCGUAUGUUCAGACACGUUUAUUAAGUGCUUUACGGUCAGCCUUCAGGACAAGAGCACGCGUCGUCAUGGUGUUCAGACAGGACCUGAGUUUUGGCCACUCUGCCGUUUGGGUGUGAAGACAGAUGGCACACACGCACACAUGCGCACACACAUGCACACACAUGCACACACACAGGGAGUGGGGGCAAAGGGAGAUUCAUGACCCACAGAGUGAGGCCGCCUGUGAGAGACAGGACAGAGAGGGCCCUGGGAUGUGGUGCUCGGGGUGGGCCAGCAUGGGGGUCUCCGUCCCCCUGGUUCUGGAGAGGGGCACCAUCACCUUCACCACCACCAUGACCACCUGCACCACCACCAUCACCACCAUCAUCACCACCACCAUCACCUUCACCACCACCACCAUCACCACCACCAUCACCUUCAUCACCACCUCCACCACCACCGCCAUCAUCGCCACCACCAUCACCUUCAUCACCACCAUCACCACCACCACCAUCAUCACCACCACCAUCACCAUCAUCACCACCACCAUCACCUCCACCACCACCGCCAUAAUCGCCACCACCACCACCACCACCUCCACCACCACCACCAUCGCCACCACCAUCACCUUCAUCACCACCAUCACCACCAUCAUCACCACCACCACCUUCACCAACAUCAUCACCACCACCAUCACCUUCACCACCACCACCAUCACCACCACCAUCACCUUCAUCAUCACCAUCACCACCACCAUCACCAUCACCACCAUCCCCACCUUCACCGUCACCAUCACCUCCACCACCACCACCGUCACCACCACCAUCACCAUCAUUACCACCACCAUCACUUCCACCACCAUCACCUCCACCUCCACCGCCAUCACCUCCACCACCAUCACCCUCAUCACCACCACCAUCACCCUCAUCACCACCACCAUCACCACCACCACCAUCACCUCCACCACCACCGCCAUCAUCGCCACCACCACCAACAUCAUCACCACCACCAUCACCAACAUCAUCACCACCAGCAUCACCUCCAUCACGAUGACCACCUCCACCACCAUCACCACCAUCAUCACCACCAUCACCAUAACCGCCUCCACCACCAUCAUCAUCACCACCACCAUCACCUUCACCAUUACCACCAAACAGAAGAAAGAUUUUCUUUUAAUGGGGGAUGGGGGGGAGAGAAAAUCCACAUGCUCUGCAUACAGCUUUGACCAUAGGAAACUUUUUAAUAAAUUCAGGCUUUGAACUCUCUAGAAA